ACUUCCACUUUCUCAUCUUCCUCACCCCCCCCCUCUGUUAUCCCCACAGACCGAAACCUCCGAGCGGUGGAGAGCCACGCAGCCUGGAAGACGUGGGUCGAGAUGCCUCUGUACGGGCAGGAGAACCAAGUGUGCAACGGCAUGUACCUCACCUGCCCAUUGCACGCGGGGCAGCCUACUAGCUUCUCGUACCCAUUCCAUGUUUACGAGUUUCUGAUGAGGCGGCGAUACCCUGUCAUCUGGCGACUGAAGGACGUGGACAGCGAGGAGACAACGCUGUGUUUCGUUUUCAUGAUUAAAAUCUUGUAAGGAAAACUCAGACACACACUUACACGCACGCACACACGCACACACUUAAAAAACACGCACACCCACUCAACAUAAGCUAAGGAAUAUGACAAAAAUAAAGAAACCCGGUGUGGAGAGUAGUCAUUUCGAAAAUGCGUUAGGUCGGAGAAAUAGAAAGAUAAGAGUAAAAGAUAAGGCCAGUCUACGUUUUCGAAUAGAAGAAUAACAAAAAAAACAAAAACAAAGAGAAAACGUCAGUUUGCAACUUUUUGUCGAGUCAUUUCGAAAUGAUUACAGGAACAAGAAAUUGAGAAAAUGAAGAAAUAAAUGAAAAUAAAUCCCGGAAUAUGACCGACUAGUCUACUACAUAAAAUUUUAGCUCUGAAGAGAAACGAGAGAGAUGGUGAUCAUAUUGUGAAAACGAGAAAAUAAAUGUUUCUCAAAACAAAAGAAGACAGAGAAGCCAACGAACAAAUCAUACACAGUGAACACAUUAUUUAUUAACCAAACCGGUGAAGAAUUUACCGCCAAAGCACGGUAUACGCUUGUAAUUAAACUUGUAUUUAAUAAAACUAAAAGCUGAA